CGCAGGCGGGCCAGGGAUCCCGGCCGAUCCAGGCCGGGUUUUGCGGCGGAGCGGGCUGAGUGUGUGCGGCCGCUUCAUCUGUCGCCGCUAGCAGCGGCAGGCUGCGGGGAUCAUGGUGCAGCACGAGCUGUGGGCCGCGCUGUCUGGCGCCUCCGGGGCCGCUCUGGCCUGCUGCUUCGUGGCGGCGGCCGUGGCCCUGCGCUGGUCCGGACGCCGGACGGCUCGGGGCGCGGUGGCCCGGGCGAGGCAGAGGCAGCGAGCGGGCCUGGAGAGCAUGGACAGGGCGGCGCAGCGCUUCCGGCUCCAGAACCCAGACCUGGACUCAGAGGCCCUGCUAGCCCUGCCCCUGCCUCAGCUGGUGCAGAAGUUACACCAGGGAGAGCUGUCCCCUGAGGCGGUGCUCUUCACCUACCUGGGAAAGGCCUGGGAAGUGAACAAAGGGACCAACUGUGUGACCUCCUACCUGGCUGACUGUGAGACUCAGCUGUCCCAGGCUCCAAGGCAGGGCCUGCUCUAUGGCGUCCCUGUGAGCCUCAAGGAGUGCUUCACCUACAAGGACCAGGACUCCACGCUGGGCUUGAGCCUGAAUGAAGGGGUGCCGGCGGAGUGUGACAGCGUGGUGGUGCGCGUGCUGAAGCUGCAGGGCGCCGUGCCCUUCGUGCACACCAAUGUUCCCCAGUCCAUGCUCAGCUAUGACUGCAGUAACCCCCUCUUCGGCCAGACCUUGAACCCAUGGAAGUCCUCCAAAAGCCCAGGGGGCUCCUCAGGGGGUGAAGGGGCCCUCAUCGCGGCUGGAGGCUCCCCCCUGGGCUUAGGCACUGAUAUCGGAGGCAGCAUCCGCUUCCCCUCCUCCUUCUGCGGCAUUUGCGGCCUCAAGCCCACAGGGAAUCGCCUCAGCAAGAGUGGCCUGAAGGGCUGUGUCUAUGGACAGGAGGCAGUGCGCCUCUCUGUGGGCCCCAUGGCCCGGGACGUGGAGAGCCUGGCACUGUGCCUGCGAGCCCUGCUGUGUGAGGACAUGUUCCGCCUGGACCCCACCGUGCCUCCCCUGCCCUUCCGAGAAGAGGUCUACACCAGCUCUCGGCCGCUGCGUGUAGGGUACUAUGAGACUGACAACUAUACCAUGCCCACCCCGGCCAUGAGGAGGGCCGUGCUGGAGACUAGGCAGAGCCUUGAGGCUGCGGGGCACACGCUGGUGCCCUUCUUGCCAAGCAACAUACCCUAUGCUCUGGAGACCCUGUCAACAGGUGGGCUCUUCAGUGAUGGUGGCCAAACCUACCUACAGAAUUUCAAAGGUGAUUUCGUGGACCCCUGCCUGGAGGACCUGGUCUUCACUCUGAAGGUUCCCAACUGGCUUAAAGGACUGCUGGCCUUCCUGGUGAAGCCUCUGCUCCCAAGGCUGUCGGCCUUCCUCAGCAGCAUGAAGCCUCGGUCGGCUGGAAAACUCUGGGAACUGCAGCAUGAGAUCGAGGGGUACCGCAACACCGUGAUUGCCCAGUGGAAGGCGCUGGACCUGGAUGUGCUGCUGACCCCCAUGCUGGGCCCUGCUCUGGACUUGAAUGCCGCACGCAGGGCCACAGGGGCCGUCAGCUACACUCUGCUCUACAACUGCCUGGACUUCCCUGCGGGGGUGGUGCCUGUCACCACGGUGACUGCUGAGGACGAGGCCCAGAUGGAACAUUACAGGGGCUACUUUGGGGACAUCUGGGACAAGACGCUGCAGAAGGCCAUGAAGAAGAGCGUGGGGCUGCCUGUGGCUGUGCAGUGCGUGGCCCUGCCCUGGCAGGAAGAGUUGUGUCUGCGGUUCAUGCGAGAGGUGGAGCGACUGAUGACCCCCGAAAAGCAGCCAUCCUGAUGGCUCCAGCUCCGGAGGACCUGAGACUCACACUCUGCAGCUCAGCCCAGCCGGGGCACAGCUGCCCUGCUGCCACAGCAAGGAAGUAUCCAGCAUGGGGCAAAGGCUUCCGUGUCCUCUCCCCCAACCCCCUACAAGAAGCACAGAUCCCCAGAGUCUGGACCUCGCUCCCUGUUCUGGUUUCCCUCUCUUCAUCCUGGUCCCUCCACCCUAUGACAUGGGCCAAGACCCAAUUAACAGUCAAGAAACA